ACUCAUUUUAGUAUUUUAGUCUUCGCCACAACGCAGCUGACUAAUCACUUCUCUACCCUCCCUCCCGGCCGGCGGCUGCUCCUCCCCUCCCUCGUCUUCACCGGAGUUUUCUACUUUCCCCACUUUCUCUCAAGAUGAGUGAAGCACCUUUUAGGCCAAGAGAAAAGCUUAUUGAGAAGCAAAAGUAUUUCCAAAGUAUUCACAAGCACACAUAUCUCAAACACCCUAUGGAUAAGAUCACUUCUGUUGCCAUUCCUCUCGCUUUGGCGGCGACCUGUUCAUUUAUGAUUGCAAGAGGUAUCUACAAUAUGUCUCAUGGGAUUGGAAAGAAGGAAUAAACAUGCCUCUUCUGAUAAUGGGCCCCUUAUGAUAGUGGCUGUCCUUCAAAUUAAAACUUGAGUUGGACCUUGUUACUCGUUCUUGAAGUAUUUAGCUUUCAAAUGCUAAUAAUUUGUUGAGUUGCAAACUUGUUUGAGUAUAUUUCUUCUUCUUUUAAAGAUUCAGUGCAAUUUUCUGUGGUUUUCUUUGAAUACAUGGUUAACUUUAAGUAAUCAAGCUUGCUGUGGCAUUCAGUUAUGGCACUAUUAUAUCACAGCAUCGCAA